AUGUCAGCUCCUAUCCAGGUCGCUAUCCUGACUGGAUCCACCAGGCCAACUAGAAUCGGACCCGAAGUUGCAAGCUGGCUUUCCAAAAUCAUCCAAUCCGACCCGAGCAUGGCGCAUGCUCAAUUCUCCAUCGUUGAUCUCGUCCAAUUUGGCCUCGCCAGCUUCAACGAGCCUGUGACGCCGGCAUUGGUGAAGAACUUGACCCUGUUCGAGAACCCUGCGACCAAAGCCUGGAACCAAGAAAUCGCCAAGUACGAUGCAUACAUCGUUCUUUCUCCCGAGUAUCACCAAGGCAUUCCCGGAGCGCUCAAGAACGCGAUUGACUUCCUGUACCACGCAUGGUCCGGCAAGCCCGUGAUGAUCGUGACUUACGGCAUCUUUGGUGGUGGGCACGCAAGCCUGCACCUGCACCAGGUUCUGGGCGACGGAAUAGGCAUGAAGCUUGUGGAUAUUGCUCCCAAACUUGAAUUCCCCGGUCGAGACGAGCUCAAGAACAAUACCAGUGCGGCACUCUUUGAGGCCAUGAAGGGAAAAGUUGCUGAAGACACUUUGCGCUUCUGGGAAGAGGAGAAGAGGGAGGAUAUUGUGGAAGGGGCAACGAAGUUGUUAAACAUGGCCGGAUCAGCUUAA